AAGAUCCAGUAGGUCUGUAUGACUUUACAAACGGCACGUAGGUCUUUCUGUGGUGAUCGUGUAAAUAUUCCAAUAAUUUUCUUAUUUUGUUCAAAUGCAGGUAAUUUAAUCAUCAUCUCUCAACAAUGACAACAGCAGGUCAGGUGAUCAAAUGCAAGGCAGCUGUUGCAUGGGAGCCUGGGAAGCCUCUGUCCAUCGAGGAUGUGGAGGUGUCCCCACCCAAGGUCCACGAAGUCCGCAUCAAGAUUGUUGCCACCGGCGUGUGCCACACAGACUGGGAAUACUGGAAUGGUAGUGGAGUAGGGACGAGACCAUUCCCGUUAGUUUUCGGCCAUGAAGCAGCAGGGAUAGUGGAGAGCGUUGGUCCUGAAGUCACCAAAUUCUCACCGGGUGAUACAGUCAUUCCUUUGUUUCUGCCACAGUGUGGGGAAUGUAAUCGAUGUCGCAAUCCUAAAACAAAUCUGUGCAAGAAGAACUGGGACAAGACACAAGCGGGUGUAUUGGCUGAUGGCACAAGCAGGAUAUCUUACCAGGGCCAGCAGGUGUACCAGUUCCUCGGCGUCAGCUCUUUCUGCCAGUACACCGUGGUUCCCGAUACGUCACUUGCGAAGAUAAGAAGUGAUGCACCGCUCAAGAAAGUGUGUCUGCUAGGCUGUGGCGUCUCCACUGGUUAUGGUGCUGCUAUUAACACAGCCAAGGUUGAGAAAGACUCCUCGUGUGCCGUGCUUGGGCUCGGAGCUGUCGGACUGGCCGCCGUCAUGGGCUGCAAGGCUGCUGGGGCGACAAGGAUCAUCGGGGUGGACAUCAACCCCGAUAAGUUUAUGAAAGCCCAACAGUUCGGAGCCACUGAAUGUGUCAACCCCAGAAAUCACACUAAGCCCAUCCAGGAGGUUCUGGUGGAUAUGACGGAAGGAGGGGUGGACUACGCUCUGGAGUGUGUUGGCAGUCCAGCUGUUAUGAGCGCUGCGCUGGAGUCUACAGUAGACGGCUGGGGCACCUGUGUCGUCGUUGGCUGGACAGAGACGGAACCAAUGAGCGUCCUGGUUCAAAAGAUCCUGAUGGGACGCACCCUGAAGGGGACCUAUUUUGGAGGUUGGAAGAGUGUGGAGGACGUGCCUAAACUGGUGGACAAAUACAUGAACAAAGAGCUGAAGCUGGAUGAGUUUAUCACACACAUCCUCCCGCUGGACCAAAUCAAUAAGGCCUUUGAAUAUAUGACAAAUGGGAGCAGCAUCCGUACUGUAAUCAGCCUGUGGCCAGACGAGGCUACACCUCCAGCUACUCCAUGAUGAAGAAGUGACAUUCAGUGUCAUUGUAAUGUAAUGAUAUUUUGCACAAAUUCUCUAUGCUCUUUUUCUUAAAAUAUAUUGACAAUUAUAAUAUUUUCCUUGCUUGACUUUGUAGCAAAUGAACACAUUGGCCACUAGAGGGCAGUCUUAUAUCAUGUAAAAGUCCAUUUGUGUCCAUGAAGACCAUCUAACUUUAUAAAGACAUUGCUUUUCUACCUGCAAA